CAACCAAUCCUCCUCUUCUCAUGGAUCUUCGUCAUGAAACUCAACCCCAAAAAGUAUCCCAUUUUUUCAUUCUACCCCAUCCCAAUAAAACCUAUGCACUCGUCUUCUUCAUCACUCUUCUAAUCACCUCCAUUGUUUUCUGCAACUUCAUAACACCCCACCUUCUUCCCUUUGGCUUCUUCAAAACCCUACCCAUUAACACACAACUUCAACGACCCACAAACACCUGUGAUUAUUCAUAUGGUAAAUGGGUUUGGGACGAAACCUACCCGACCCGAAAGUACGAUGAAGAUUGCCCGUUUCUUGAUCCGGGUUUCCGGUGUCACCGUAACGGGCGGCCGGAUUUCGGGUAUGUUAAAUGGCGAUGGCAACCACAUGGGUGUGAUUUACCAAGAUUUGAUGCACGAGAUUUUCUGGAAAGAAGCCGAAAUGGACGUAUAGUUUUCGCGGGAGAUUCCAUCGGAAGAAACCAGUGGGAAUCCUUACUAUGCAUGCUUUCACAAGGUGUCUCAAAUCAUUCAACAAUAUAUGAAGAGCAUGGAAACCCCAUAACCAAACACAAAGGUUUCCUUUCAAUUAUGUUUCAUGACUACAAUGUGACCAUACAGUACUAUCGAGUGCCUUUUCUCGUGGUCAUCGAUGAUCCACCAGAAAAUGCUCCUGAAGAAGUCCGGCGAGCCAUUAGGGUCGAUAAACUCCAUCGGUUCUCUUUGAAAUGGGCUGGAGCAGAUGUUCUUGUCUUCAGCGCGGGUCACUGGUGGAACAAAGACAAGACACUCAAGAUGGGAUGGUAUUUCCAGGAAGAAGGGAUAUUGAACAUGAAAAUGGAUGUCAUGGAGGCAUUUAAGAAGUCUCUUCAAACACUAAAGUCCUGGGCAUACAAGAGUUGUGAUCCCAAAACGAGCCAUAUCUUUUUUCGAAGCUUUUCGCCCGUACACUACAGGGAUGGAGAAUGGAACAGCGGCGGUCAUUGUGACCGGAGUAAGGCACCUGAAACAAGCUACGUUAAUCCAGAAGGUGAACCCUUGAACAAUCAAAUAAUUUUAAAUGUGGUCGAAGAGAUGGAAGCCACCAAACGAAAAGUCAAAUUCUUGAACAUUUCAUAUCUAACAGCAAUGAGGAAUGAUGGUCACCCUUCAAGAUACCGUGAGCCAGGUACUCCACAACCGUCUCCACAAGAUUGUAGCCACUGGUGCCUACCGGGUGUCCCCGACACUUGGAAUGAACUUCUUUAUGCUCAACUUUUAUCCACUGGAUUUAGAGUCAAGUGAUCAAAUAUGCCCUGGUUAAAAGUUUGUACUAUGAUGGCUCGUAUUUGGGCUAGUAAUUUACUGGCACAUGAACUGAAGUUGACUUAAAUGGUUCGAGUAUGCACCGAUGAUGGUUCAUGUUGGUUCUUUUAUUGAAAGAAAGCAAUGGGCAGAAGACUCCAACCCGUGACCUUCAAACCAUAGAUCACAUCAAAUACAAUCAUACACCCUGUUUAUUACUCCUGCAUAGUGCAGUCCCAUGGAACUUCACAAUCAUAGGAAACAUGAACACAUUAUUUAUUCAUAUGUCGUCGAACGAUUGAUUUAUGGAGUAUUUUUUUUAA